AUGGCUUCAAUAAUUCCGGACUCCGAUGCCGAGGAUGCAUAUGCAUCGAAAUUGAAGGAUUGGAAAGGAAAAAACCUACAAUCUCUUGAUACUAAAUCAUUUACUGAAAUGAUGACGGAAGUUCAUACCCUUAUGGGAGUUUCUCGUUCGAAAGAUGAUGGACUGCCUACAUUCUCCAAACACGUAUUGCAAGUGGAGAUUUGUGGGCCGCAAGAGGACCAUAUUAGUGUGAUUGAUGUUCCUGGAAUUUUUCGCAACGUAAUACCCGGAAAUUACGCGAAGGAGGACAAAACACUGGUGCGCGAUAUGGUACAGGCAUAUAUGAGAAAUCCUCGCUCUAUCAUCUUGACAGUGGUGCCGGCGAACGUUGAUAUAGCCACUCAAGAGAUUGUUGAGAUGGCCCACGAGCUUGACCCCGAUGGCGAGAGGACACUUGGAGUUUUGACCAAGCCAGACUUGGUAGACAAGGGCGCGGAGGCAAAGGUCAUUGAUCUCAUCAGAGGCAAAGGGAUGCGAGUAAGGCUUGGAUGGGUAAUUGUCCGAAACCUUGGACAGAGCGAACUACGUGGAGGAGUUAUACAUCGAGACGCAGCUGAAGAGGAGCAUCGCACAAGACAGCCUUGGACCGCUGUUGACCGUGACAGUUUCGGAAUUGAUGCACUAAAGAUUCGUCUUCGAAUGAUUGUGACCGCAAAUGCGCGCCAGGCUUUUUCAUCAGUCAGAUCUGAAGUCAGCAAGAAUCUCAAGGACCGCCAAUUUGGCCUUCGGUCUCUUGGACCGCAACGGAACACAAUGGAGCAGCAAGUGCAAUACUUGCUUGAUAUUGUUUCCUCGUUCCAGAACCUUACAACGCAAGCCCUGGGCGCAAACUACAGCUCGAAUGAUGCCUUUGAGAAUAGUGAUGCCCUGCGAUUAGCUACUGGGGUUGUUACAAGAAAUGAGAAAUUCUCAGAGGAUCUAUCCAGGUGGGGCCAUUUGUUUGACUUCAACAGUUCGUUGCCUCUACAGCUCAACGCUAGUGACACUGGCGUUGAACGUCAAAAUUCAGGCAGACGGCUCCUGCCGUCAAGAAAAGUAAAGGACAUUCCUGAAAUCCAGGAAAUUCUGCCAGAAUCGUCAGAUGUGUCCCCUCCUCUAGGUCAUGAUAUAUGCUCGUGGAUAGGCGAUGAAUACCGCCAAUCGCGAGGCUUUGAGAUUGGAACGUUUAAUCACGUGCUUCUGUUGAGCCUAAUGAAGAAGCAGUCAUUGAAAUGGAUAUCCCUAGCAAAUGGAUACAUCAGUGAUACCAUCACCAUUGUUCAUGGCUACAUCACCAACGGACUGAGACAGGUCUGCACUGACAGAAAGGUGUUUGAAAACUUGCUUGCGUUCUUGAUGGACAAGCUGCUCGAGAGAUACCAGAGUGCGAUCGAUGAAGUUGGCUUUCUGCUUUUUGUUGAAAGAUCAAUAACACCAAUGACGCUGAAUCACUAUCUUAAUGAUAAUCUGGAAAACUGUCGACAGAAGCGCGCAAAUUCAAUACAAGCAAAGAAAGCAUUCGACAGUCCAGAGGGGAAGGUGGUCCGUGUUGAUGAUCUGAAACAUCAGCAGAAUAUGAGUAAUGCCGAGCAUGCUGUCCAAGAUCUUCAGGAUAUCCUGGAAUCAUACUACAAAGUCGCGCGAAAGAGGUUUGUUGACAGUGUCUGCAUGCAGGCAACGGGGUAUUAUCUAACCCAAGGGCCAAUCACCCCGAUGGGAUUAUUAUCGCCCUCUCUAGUCAGCAGUUUGAGCAGAGAACAGCUUGACGAGAUUGCAGGGGAGGAGGCAACAGUAAAAAGGAAACGCGAGCAGCUGCAUAAAGAGAUAGCCGAUCUUUCCAUGGCAAGAGAGAUUCUUUUAUGA